AAGUAAUUAAAAAACAAUCAUAGAAUUUACAUUAAAAUGAAAAAUAACAAAAUUGUCAAACUACGAGCAAGCCGAACCGAACCGAAAAUUUCAUAUCAAUUUCUAUCUGCCAACCCGGUUUAACUCCAAGCAAACCGAACCGAUCGUUUCCCUAUAAAAUCCGGCCCCACCUAAAUUCUUGCAGACUCCGCUUCAGUUGCAAUUGCAAUCAAUUUCGAUCUUCUUCUUCAGUUUCAGUUUGUUCCUUCCAUUUUUCUCUUGUUCGAAAUUAAGUUUCGAUGGAAUGCUGGGGAUUAAUUUUACCAAUCCCUGUAUAGUUUUAACAAGCUGAUGAUUCUUUUAACUCCCUCUGCCGGCUUUCUUCCAAGCUGCUCAAACACCCACCGUCCGCCGGAAUCACAACGAUCACAUCCUCAAAAGAUUUUCUAUAAAUUCGAUCAAAUUCUUCGUACAAAACCUUCCGGAUCACCCUUACCCCUCAAUGCACUGCCAAAAUCGUGCGAGUGUUUCGAUUUGCAUCAAAAUCUAAUACCCUAUGGGGAUGCAUGGUCUUGGCAAAAGGAAAUUGUGAGAGAAAAAGUGGGAUUGAUCGAUGCGAACCAGGAUUGCCCAGAUACGUUAAUUGUUUUGCAGCAUCAUCCUGUGUACACAAUGGGCACUAACAGUACAGAAGAGUAUUUCAAUUUUGAUCUCAAGGAUUCUCCAUUUCCCAUUUAUCGAACUGAGCGUGGAGGGGAGGUUACUUAUCAUGGCCCUGGCCAGCUAGUUAUGUACCCUAUUGUCAAUCUGCGAAAUCACAAGAUGGAUCUUCAUUGGUACCUCAGGGCACUUGAGGAGGUCGUUAUACGCGUUCUUUCCUCAACGUUUUCAAUCAAUGCCCAUCGAAUUGAUGGUUUAACAGGUGUCUGGGCAGGAAACCAGAAACUUGCAGCCAUUGGAAUUCGGGUAUCGAAAUGGAUAACAUUUCAUGGAUUAGCCCUCAAUGUUACCACUGAUCUAACUCCAUUUAAUUGGAUAGUUCCAUGUGGAAUAGGAAACCGGAAGGUCGGAAACAUCAAAGAGUUGCUAAGAGAAGUUGAUUUACACACUGGAUUUCAGAAAGAUUCCCAGUUGAUAGAUAUCACUUUUGGAGCUCUAAUACAGGAAUUCUCUGAAGUUUUUCAACUUGAUAUGUAUCAUAAAACCAUCCCUUCUUUGGAGUUCUUGAAGCAAAUUCCCAACAACUCCCCUGCUCAUGAUAGUUUCCGAUCUCGAUCAAACGAUGGUCGAUCACGAUGAUAAACACAACACCUCGCUUCUCAAGUUCAAUGCCUUAUGGGAAGCCUAUUACCGUCCGGAUUCUCUUCUCGUAUUCUCAACCGGAAGAUCGUCGACGAGUUAUAGAAAAUUAAGAGAGGAGAGACCUCUGUUGACU